UUUGGGCGCUGGGGCUAUGGCGAUCAUCACUUCGGUGGAGCUCAACUAUCUCGUCUUUCGCUAUCUCCACGAAUCAGGUAAGCCUCCGGCGCCGCCAGCGCCAGCGCUAGAUCACACGCAAGGAGACCGAACCCUGGCAGGUUUCACGCACACGGCGUUCACGCUGGGGUAUGAAGCCAGCUUGAAUAAGAUGAGCAUUGACGGGAAUCUCGUGCCACCAGGUGCUCUGGUCUCGUUCGUCCAGAAGGGGAUCCAGUACCUGGAGCUGGAGGCCAAUCUCAAUGAUGAUAACACAGACCUGGACGGCGAUUUCUCCCUGCUCCAGCCGGUGGAGCUGCUCACCAAGGAUGUGGCGGAGCUGCGGCAGCUCAUCAGGGAGCGGAGAGAAAAGAUAGAGAAGGAGAGGGAGAAGGAGAGGGAGAAAGAGAGGGAGAAGGAGCGGGAGCGCGAGAGGGAGAAGCAAGAGAGGGAGCGAGAGCGCGCCGAGAGAGAGAGGGACCGCGAGCAAAAAGAGAGGGAUAAGGAAAGAGAGAGGGACAAGGAGCGCGGCGACGUCAAAGUGAAGAUCGAAGAGCCUCGCAGUUCAGGUGACAUGGAUGUUACUGUCGCCGCCACCAAUCCAGUAAAUGAGAUUCCAGCUUCUCAAGUGACAAUUCUUGAGGGGCACGGAUCGGAGGUUUUCAUCUGUGCUUGGAACCCAACAGGUUCUCUCCUAGCAUCUGGUUCUGGAGAUUCAACAGCGCGGAUAUGGACAAUUGCUGAUGGUCCUUCCGGAGUUAAUGCUCAGAGCUCGGCACCUCGGCCACUUGUUUUGAAACAUUUCAGGGGCAAAACAAAUGAAAAGAGCAAGGACGUGACUACUCUUGACUGGAAUGCGGAAGGAACGUUGCUGGCAACCGGAUCAUACGACGGUCAAGCUAGGAUCUGGAGCAAAGAUGGGGAAUUGAAAAACACGCUAAACAAACACAAAGGACCGAUAUUUUCUUUAAAAUGGAACAAAAAGGCCGAUUUGCUUCUCAGUGGUAGUGUAGACAAAACGGCAAUCGUUUGGGAUGCUAAAACUGGUGAAGUCAAACAGCAGUUUGAGUACCAUGAAGCCCCCACACUCGACGUCGAUUGGCGGAACAAUAUGUCGUUCGCGACGUGCUCCACGGACAACAUGAUUUACGUUUGCAAGCUAGGGGAAACCAAACCGGUGAAGAAGUUUGCGGGGCACGAGGACGAGGUGAAUGCUAUCAAAUGGGAUCCAACCGGGAACCUCCUUGCUUCUUGCUCGGAUGAUUACACAGCUAAGAUUUGGAGCAUGAAACAUGAAAAAUGCGUGCAUGACUUGAAGGAGCAUAAGAAGGAAAUAUACACCAUCAAGUGGAGUCCGAGCGGUCCGGGGACGAGUAAUCCGAACCAACAGUUGGUACUAGCGAGCGCUUCGUUCGAUGCAACUAUCAGGCUCUGGGACGUUGAACAAGGGAUUCAACUCUACAGCUUGACGCAACACAGUGAGCCCGUGUACUCCGUGGCCUUUAGCCCAAACGGGGAGUUCCUUGCCAGUGGCUCCUUUGACAAAUGCUUGCACAUAUGGUCCGUCAAGGACGGGAACUUGCUCAAGACUUACAAAGGCAGCGGCGGCAUAUUUGAGGUCUGUUGGAACAAAGAAGGUGACAGAGUCGCUGCUUGCUUCUCAAACAACACUGUUUGCGUUCUAGACUUUCGAAUGUAGACAACACAAAUUCUUUGCUUUGAUAUUUUUGAGAUCAAUACAGCAAAAUCACAUUCUUUG